AUGAGCGGCAUCUUCGGUUUCCCGCUUACCUGCCUCAUCCAUUUUAUCGCUUCACGUUUGCAGGAUGCAGAGACCAAGAGGAUUUCGGACGCUGCUAAGUCCUCUGCAGCUCCGCUGCCAUCGCCGCGAGAGGGCGCACCCUUUGCCGACAUCACUGCGCCGUCGACUACCAUCCCCGAGUUCUUCUCGACGAUGGAUCCGACCCUUUACAUUCCCGAAAUCUCUUCCCCUCCAUCCACGACUACCUUCCCCUCUUGGCUGAUGACCCUCAUCUUCUUCUUGCUCCUCAUCUCUGGCCUCCUCUUCUUCAGGCGCGUUCACGUCACCGGUGCCAAUCGACAUGGAGAGUAUCUGCUCGACGCCGCCAUCGAUGACCAGGAGCACGGACAGCAAGCGGCACGUGAGGCACUUCUCGACAUUGAUCAAGCUGAAAACAAGCACCAACUCGACCAUCUGAAACUCACCGUCGACUCUCUCAAGAAGGCUGAAUCCAAGGCCAAGAACUCGGAAGCAGAUGCUAAGGCUGCCGCCGAGAAGGCUCGGAACGACUUGUUGUCUGUUCAAGCUCGAUUCGAUCACCUCAAGGCCGAGCUCGAUGCCAGUACCGCAGAAUGUGAUAAAGCUCACUCUCGCGUCUCUGAAAUGACUGGCAAGAACGAAAAGCUGGUUGAGGCACAGCAGGCGCUUCAGAAAGAGAUGGAUUCGCGGAGGGACGAGUUCGAUGCCGAGCGGCAGGAACUCACUCGCAAGGCUGGUGAGGCCGCUCAGGCCAGUGAAGCCGAGCUUGCCUCUGUCAAAACUGAGAAUGCCGAACUCACGAACAAGAAUGCCGCCUUGAAAAAGGAUCUAUAUGAUGUCGGCAGAAUGAAGUGGGUUGCGACUGAGCACCUCGACCGCGCCCGGGAGCUCGCGGAGUCUCAACAGAAGGGCUUCGAAGAGAAGCUGAAGAGACAGCAGUCCAAUGCUCAGACCGAGCAGAAGUUGCUCCAGAAGCAGCUGGAUGGCAUGGAGUGGAACCUGGGACGUGAGCAAUCUACCAACGAGGAGCUUCGUGAGGAGCUUCUCAGUGCUCAAAACCAGCUCAACUCCUCCCAAUCACAGCUCGCUAAGGCUCAAGGCAGCAUUGAGGUGCUCGAACAGCAGUCAAAUGCAGACAGAGUCAAGCUGGAGGACGCACAAUCCGUCCAUCAGAACCUGCAAGAGAAGCUUAAGCUCGCUCAGGAAGGCCUUGAUUCCGUGCAGAAAGAAUCCUCCGUGCUCCAGGAUACCAAUGAGCGUCUCGAGCUGGAAAUUGCAGACCUUCAGAAGCAGGCAAUUGAUGCAAAAGCGAAAGCGCUCGGCGUAGAGGAGCAGCUGGAGAACGAUUACUGGAAAGUGUAUAAACAGUUCAUGGACGCUGAGAACGAACGUGAUUCUGCGCAUAAGAAGCUUGAGGAGCUACGCAGCAGUGCCCAGCUGGACAAAGAGAAGCUCAAUUUGUCGCAGAACGAGGUAGAGCAGCUCAAGAAGAAGCUGGAGGAUUCUGAGAAAUUGCGCAAAGCUGAUGAAGACGAACUGGAGAAGGUCCGAUAUGAGCUUUCCGCCGCUCGUGAGACCAUUGAAAACGCAGGCGAUACUUCUGAGGUCGCGCAGAAGUACAGCUCGUUGAAGAAGAAGUACAAGGAUCUCAAAGGCAAGCUGGAAACAGAGGAGAAUGCCAGUCAUCAGCUUAGGAACGAGUUAUCUCGAGACCGGGCUAUUCUCGAGGUUGAGCGACAGAGAGCUGACAAGUUGGACGCGGAGAAGUCGGGCUUUUUGACGAAACAGCAUUCUUCCGCGGAGACGCUUUUACAAAAGGAUCGUGACCUGACAAGUAGCCAGAAGUCCGUCAACAAAUUGCGGGGCGAGCUGGAGGAUGCCCGAAAUGCGAAAGCACCUGCAGAAAGCGGCUGGUUCAAGGCUUCUCGGAGGGUCAAAGAACUGGAGGCGGAGAAUGCCAAGUUGAGAGACGACAGCAAGAUGCAACGGGCCUUGGACGAGAAGGAAGAAGCUCUGCAGAAGGCUAAUGGUGCUGUUCAGCAGCAUCAGGAAGCCCUCGCACAUCGAAACACAAAGAUUUCUGAUCUCAGGAAGGAGCUUGAGCAGGCGAAACAGCAAGCGAUGAGUCCGAGCCAGUUGCGGCAAUACUGCGAGCAAGCUCAGCAGGAGGCAAUCGACAAGGAACACAAGAAUGGCCUAUAUCAUUACGGAAAACUCGAACGUGCGCACAAGGCCAAGCUCGCAGAGCUCGCAGAGCUCGCGGAGGCCGCAGCAGAGCAGCAGUCAGCCCUUGAUGGAGCGACAUUCACUUCCGAGCAUAUCGCUAAAGAGCUUCGCACUCUCUGUCUUAUCCUGAAGUACAGCAAACUCUGGCUUGAUCGCUGGAGAAACGGCCGUCCGAACACGAACCAGGACGAUGCUGGUGAUGAUGACCAGAAGCCAGAAGACGAUAGAGGUGAUCAGGACGGUCAUGAUGGUGAUGAUGACCAGAAACCAGACGAAGAUGAAGGUGAUCAGGGCGGGCACGAUGAUGAUGAGUCCAAGAAGAGUGAUGGCAACGAUGCUGGAGUACCGGACAGCCAAGCGAAAAACGAUGGCGAAUAUGGCGACUCACAACCUGAUGGAGGCGAAGAUCAGGAUGCCCCAGGCGAAUUGGACGACGAGUACGACUAUUAUCGAACACACGUCGAGGAUGUUGAGUCUGUUGAUGCUACCGACAAUACAGUAGAGCCAACGAUCACACCGAAGGAGGCCACGACUGGCACAAAUGGACCAACGUCGCCCACAGCCAGUCUCCCGACGCUUGCCGACAACGACACAGCGACCGACAGCGACGAACGCAUAAUUCCGAAAUGGUUCUAUGGCAACACUCGCGGCGGUCGUGGCAAUGUAAUCGAGCAGAAGAAGGGACAGAAAAAGCGGCGAAAACACAACGACGUUACACAGUCCUCUAUUCUGAACGCAGCCGCUAACAUGGACCCAAGUGCUGCGGUGUCCACAUCAGAGUCCACGAACACACUGACGCAGGCUUCGCAACAAGCCCUUGGUCAAUCGAGCUCAGUCAGCUCGCCGAGUACAUCCAGCGCAUUUAGCAUGCCAAGACAGGCUCAGAACUUGUCCUUCCGAUCUACCCAUGCGGAUACACGAGAGACUCCUCGUCAGAUUCAGUACCAUGCUCCUCAUCAGCUGCAGUACCAAGCUCCUCAACAGCUUCAGUAUCAGGCGCCUUAUCAGCCCCAACACUGGGCUCCACCUCAGCUACCAUUCCAGUCUCCUCAUCCGCCUCAGUAUCAGACCUAUCAUCAGGCUCAGUACCAGGCUCCCUCUCAGCCUCAGUACCGGUCUCCCAACCAUACGAGCACGUCGAUUCAGCCUCCGCGCCAGCCGUAUGGCUUCUCGGGUCCAUCGAACUGGGCCUCGCAGUCUCGAUACUCCAAUUCUCACCCAGCACAGCGUAGACGGUUUUGA